UUGCUUCGGUAUGUUAUACUUGUAUAGUGACAACUUGUGUUCCUGCCUGUGAGGGUUAGCAGUGCUGCUAGCUUACAGCUAAUGUUAACUAGCUAACGUCGGGCGUCAGAAGCCAAAGUUGGCAGCAGUUCCGAGCCUGGCCGCCUGCCAAUCAGUGUCUAAAGAAGAAACACUGUCUGCGUCAAUACGAUGAAAGCCGCUUUAAUUCGCCUUCCUCUGCUGCGUUCCCCAGCAAACUAAGACCUAAAAGCUUCUUCCUCCUUGUCCUCCAAAAAAAACUGUCCAAUGUCAACUGAAAUAGAUGCACGUGGAAAGCUAGCAUCGGUUUAGCUAUAGACUUCCGGUCGGAACUUUUAAAAUAAGGCAAGACAAAUUCCUACAGUCGUUUUAUCCUACAGUCUAUUUGAGUACUUUUAUUGUGAAGAUAACAUUAACGACUUCCGGUCUUAUUGUGGAGCUGUCGCACAGCUAGCAGUAUUGUGGCUAACGUUAGCCGCUAGUAGGUUCACCAGAAGUUUUGCAACGCAACAGGAAUCCUUGCCUUCUUGUUUAGUAAAGGCGUAUCCUCGCUAACGUUACCUUUUUGAAACGUAAUCUGAGUUAGCCUUACGUUUUUGAGACCAGCAUUCUUGAACUCAACGUUAGUUUAUGAAACUCAACCACCCACUCGUUUGCAUUGAUGAUUGUGCAAGCAUAACUCAAGUCUGUGGUUAAACGUCACAGCAGCAGAGAGGUGGGGAGGAGCAGAGGGGGGGUGAAAAUGCAGCGCAUCCUAAAUCACGGGACUCUGCAGCGUUUGGCAGCAGCACGGCCAUUACUGGUGGGCGUCGCCGUCCCCGAACCACCAGCAGCGUUCUGCUGCUGUGUCCUCCGCCUGUCACCGCCGGCACCCGAAGGCCAGCGCUGGCUGUCGACCACAGCCUCCAGCAAGGCGGCACAUCAGCCAAAACACCAGGCACCGCAGGAGGAGCCCCAGUCCGGCUCCACACCUCAAACACAGGAGGUCCAGAAAGAGGACGCUGGGGCUGAUGCAGUGGAGGUGGACCCUCUGCAGGACAAGUCCAUCGGUUUGGUCCAGAGGUUUAAGAGGACCUUCAAACAGUAUGGGAAGGUGAUGAUCCCUGUACAUCUCAUGACGUCCUCAGUCUGGUUUGGAACCUUCUAUUACGCUGCCAUGAAAGGUGUGAAUGUAGUGCCCUUCCUGGAGAUGAUUGGUCUACCAGAGUCACUCGUCAGCCUUUUGAGAAACUCUACGAGUGGCUACGCUCUGACUGCGUACGCCAUGUACAAGAUUGCAACCCCUGCUAGAUACACAGCAACCCUAGGCGGCACGUCACUCUCUGUUCAGUAUCUCCGCAAGCACGGCUACAUGUCCACACCGCCGCCGGUCAAAGAAUACAUCCAGGACAAAAUGGAGGAGACGAAGGAGAAACUGACUGGAAAGAUGGAGGAGACAAAGGACAGAUUUUCAGAGAGAAUGGAGGAAACUAAAGAACUCUUCUCUGAGAAAAUGGAGGAGACUAAGGACAAGCUCUCUGAGAAACUGCAGGAAACCAAAGACAGAGUCACAGAGGGGAAAGCGUUUUUUCGGAAGAAAAACGAGUAGCGAAUCCCCUUUGCUCGUGGGGCCUCUGAGUAGAUGAUUCUAUUUUGAUCUCAACAAGUAAUCCGUAGGUUUGGGCCAAGUAACAGCACUUGUAAGACUUUUCUGAAAGAUGAAAGACUGGUCCUAAAGUUUCACACAUCUCAGUUGUCCACUGUUGUCUAUUUUAUGUGUCAAAUGCAGUCCCUAAUUGUCCAAACACGAUGCACAGUAAGUGUAGACUAGACAGCAGCUUAGCAGACUCCUGGCUACGCCACACUCUGGCUCAGUCAUCUCAGACUGGAUUUACACAGGCUCAAGUGAUCUGGGUCAUAAAACAACAGAAGAGAAGCUGCGUUCUUAUUGCGCUUUACAUAAACACAUGAGGAAAAUAAGAAGUCUGUGCUUCAAAGAGUUAAAAAAAUAAACCAGUAUAACAGUAACUGUAUGGGAGAGAGCAGUACCAAUAUUUCUUGUUGUUGGGAAAAUAAAAGUUGAAGCUCUUGGUUACCUGUGUGUACUAGUCCAUCUAAGCCUGUCUGAAAGGCUGGGUAUCAAUGUGUCUUUUCUAAUGUAAUCGGAAAGAAAUUCAGUUUUUCUAAUGUAUUUAAAGCCCAAUGCAUGUCUGUACCACUUCAUGUAUGGCCUGAAAGUUACAAAGUCAAAUGAUGAUUUGAAAGCUGCUCUUUAAACAGAAGUCACAGUAGAUGUCGGUUAAUGGAACUAAUUGUCCGUCACACAUGUAAAGGUACAGCUACAGUGGGCCCACUCACUGUGAUUAUGGCCACCUAUCACAGUGGGCCAGAUGAAAUGUCUUGGGCACUUUUGUACUAAAUACACAAAUCUUCUCGUCAGUAAUUCAAACAUGUCUCUGAAUAAAAUCAAAUGCUAAUCA